AUGUCGAGGCGGACUCUGUCUGCCGCCUUCACCCACAAUGGCGCCCUCGAGGGCCUGACCCGGCGGAUAGCAGCCACGACACAGCAGAGGACAUUCGCAACGACAUCGAGACGAGAUGUCAAGCACAUCACAAAGUUCACGCCGACGUCGUCGUCCGAGCUCGACCAGCUGCUCGAGACGAUGCGGCAGAAGAUCAUCCUGCCGUCCUUCCUGCCCGCAGAGCAGAGGUCCAAGCUGUACGACCCCAAGUGGGAGCAGCGCCUCAAGUCGGACCCCAUCACCAUCGAGAUUGACGGCGAGAUCCUCAAAUUCUACCACCAGAACCCGCUCAAAGGCGACAUCCCCGAGACGAAGCGCACGUUCCGCGAGAUUGUGUACCGCCUCAAGACGCCCGAGGACUUUGCCAACCUGCGACCCUUGCUCGAGGGCCUGCACCAGGCCGGCCGCAAGCUCAACCACGUGACCUGGGCCCAGCUCACGCGCAUCGUCUGCGAGCGGGGGCAGCACCUGGAGCUGCUCGAGUGCGCGCGCAGCGUCAAGCGCACGGGAUUCCGGCUCGGCCUCCUGCACGAGGUCGUCCUCCGGCUGCUCACGGCGGUGCAGAUGGACGCCGUCGACGCCGGCUGGAGCACCUCGGCGACCAGGGCGGCCCUCCGCCGCGCAGAGAUGGUCCUCGAGAUGCUCGAGACCGAGGAGCACCAGCGCGCCAAGGACAUCCCCGCGGGCUCGAUACCGCUGCAGUCCACGCCCAUGGUCAUCCUGGCCCCGAUGCACCUCGCCGCGGCGCUCGGCGACGUGGACAAGACGACAAAGUUUGCCCGGGACCUCGUGCGCGUGUGGCCCUCGGCGGACAAGCCGCUCGCCGUGGCCCAGCAGGAGGUGACGGUGGACGCCAACAAGACCAUGGAGAGCAAGAGCGUGAGGCUGAUGUUCCUGGCCCCCCUGGCGCACGGCCUGCAGCGUGCCGCGGGCCUGGUCGAGGAUGCGGCCCUGCGCGAGCAGUUGCAGGCCCGCGCGGACGCCCUGACCAGCGAGGUCGAGGCGCUCAGCCAGCAGUGCGAGAAGGAAAAAGUCGGCCACAAGUUUUACCAGCGGGUUUUCGAGCAGAAGGCAGAGGCGGAGAAGUAG